AUGUUGACAAACAGCGGGCUCUACCAGCUUUUCGAGCGCAAUGUUCUCCCCAUCGGAUGUCACUUCCUCGGUGACAGUGGUUAUCCCUGCAAGAAGUGGCUGCUUACCCCUUUCCUAAGACCAUUGCCGGGACCACAAACAAACUACAACAGGUCACACAAAAGAACCAGGAGCAUAGUAGAAAGGGCCAUUGGUCAACUGAAACGCAGAUUUCCUGUUCUCCAUGGGGAAAUCAGGUUAAAACCUGAGAAGGCUUGUAAGGUGAUAAUAGCAUGUGCUGUCCUACACAACAUAUGCAAGGACAGACAUAUCCCAGUUUCAACCACUGAUGGGCAUGAUGGACUUGGCAGGCUUGAUGGGCAGAAUGGAGCUCAAGCAGUGACUGCUCCACCAGUAGCUGCACUCAGAUACCGGGAGCACUUUGCCAAUACCAACUUUCCAUGUAAGAUUAUUUUAUUUUAA